AUGUCUUCCCCGCGCCGACGUAUCGAGACGGAUAUCCGAAAUAGGCAGGAGUUCUACGUUCGAUUCAAGGGGCCUAAGGAGACACCAUUCGAAGGUGGACUGUGGAAGGUCCACGUCGAACUGCCCGACCAAUACCCCUACAAGUCCCCCAGCAUCGGCUUCGUGAACCGCAUCUUCCACCCGAACAUCGACGAGUUAUCCGGCUCCGUAUGCCUCGACGUUAUCAAUCAGACCUGGUCCCCCAUGUUCGACAUGAUCAACAUCUUCGAAGUCUUCCUCCCGCAACUCCUACGAUAUCCGAAUCCGACCGAUCCAUUGAAUGGCGAGGCUGCGGCGUUACUGAUGCGGGAACCGAAGAGUUACGAUGCUAAAGUCAAGGAAUAUGUGGCUAAGUAUGCCAGCAGGGAGGCUGCCGACGAGGCCGGUGCUGAGACGGACGACGAUGAUGACAUGUCUUCGGUGGGAAGCUUCGGGGACGAGGAGCAUGAGGAGCCUGCAGGGCAGAUGGAGGAAGUCUGA